AUGGAUUAUGCGGGAUUCAAAGACGAAGUUGAGCAUUUAGUUCCAGACCUGUAUCAUUUUUUGGUGACUGUUAUUACAAUGACCUCGAGGAGAAGGACGUCUAUGUACAAGGGAGCUGCUUUUUUGUUUUUUAGAGAAAAAGAAAAGGACAGGAAACAAACCAGAAAGAAAGACAAGAGAGAACGUAGAGAGAAGUAUCAGAGAGAGAAAGAAAGAGAAAAGAGAGAGAGAGUGUGUGUGUGGUGUUUACACGGAUGGGCAGCACUGGCGGCCCGGGGCACAAUCUUCACCACAUUCGAGCAGACAGGACUCGCUGGCGACGGAGGUGAGCUGGGAGCUGCCUGGGCGCAGGGAGUUCUCCUCGCUCCCCGGGUAGAACUCUGGCUGGACGGUGGACGAGUGGAUUCCGUACGCGUGGAGGCAUUUGCGGACGUGUCUCGCAAGGGUCAUGUACCUGUCGGAGCCUUCGCCCUUGAUGUCGAAGCUGACCUGGAUGUGGAGCGAGGCGACGAGCUUGGUGUCGCUGAGCUGCCAGACGUGGAAGUGGUGGCAGCUGAUGAUGCCCGGAAGCUGCUCGAUGUCCUCGAUGAUGUGGUCGAUGCUGAGGCCGGCGGGCACGGCCUGGAGGAGGAUCCUGGAGGCGGCCUUGCAGAGCGGGAUGGCGGAGAAGAGGAUGAUGACGGUGAUGAGCAGGGAGAUGGCCGGGUCUGCGUAGUAGCGCCAGGUGUAGUCCGUGAGCCAGAUGAAGAGGGCCGAGACGAUGACGCCGAUGUUGCCGAGGGCGUCGCCCAGGACGUGGAGGAAGACGCCGCGCAUGUUCAGGUCGUGGCCAUGGCCGUGGCCGCCGUGGCCGCCGUGUCCCUGCUGGGCCUGGCCAUGGGCGUGGUCGUGGUCGGCGUCGGCGGUGUCCUUGGCCCUUGCGUGGUUGUGCUGGUCGUGGAUGUCUGGACGGGGCUGGACAGAAGUGGCAGCGUAGGGCGUGGUGGUGACUUUUGGGGCGUUGGGUAG